UUGCUUUCGAAGUCGAUGGUCUUUAUCGCUGACGAUGAACGCAAGGAGGGCCACACCCAUGUGCUCAUUAUUACUACUGGUAGUGUUGCCUCCGUGAAGGCGCCUCUCAUUGUUGAGGAACUGCUACGUUACAACAACGUCAAAGUCGAACUUGUCGCAACCAAACCGUCUCUUACCUUCUUUUCUGCCGACUCUAUUCGAAGAACUGGAGUGCGAGUUUGGACUGAUGAAGACGAAUGGCCGUCGACAUAUAAGAUCGGUGACCCCAUUCUUCAUAUUGAGCUCAGACGCUGGGCAGACAUUGUCCUCAUCGCGCCGUGCUCUGCCAACACGCUCUCCAAGAUUGCUCAUGGUAUAUGCGACAACCUUGCGACCUCUCUCCUGCGGGCUCUAGCACCGACAACACCAACUUACGUUUUCCCUGCAAUGAACACUCUGAUGUAUGAACAUCCGCUGACCGCAGAACACUUGCGAAUUGUUCAAGAAGUUGUCAAAUAUAACGUUGUCGGCCCUAUAGCAAAACUGCUAGCUUGUGGGGACCUAGGUGUUGGUGCUAUGACUGAAUGGCGCGACGUGGUUCAGGUUGUCGUAGAUCGAUUUGAACUAGAGCGGACUUGUAGCCCAGCUUAG